CGAAGAAACACCGUCAUCAAUGGCGUGACGCAAUUGUACAGUCUUCAUCUUCUUCUUCUUAAGUGAGAAGUAAGAAGUAAGAAGUAAGAAGAAGAAAGAUUUAGAUCGAAAGAAGAAGCAAUCUAGCUGUAGACGGAGUAUUUUACAGGUCAAUUUCUUCUCAGAAAUGAAGAUGUCUCAAUCAGAGACCACUCCUCCACUUCCUUCAUUUGAUUACGAGCUUUAUGAAGGAGAUCCUGAUAAACUAAGAACAGUUGUAGCUACACCACCUUCAUCUACUCCAUGGAUUGAUCAUUCAUCUUUGAAGCUUAGACAUAGGAUUGGUCGAGGGCCUUUUGGUGAUGUUUGGUUAGCUACUCAUCAUCAAUCUGGUGAUGAUUUUGAUCAACACCAUGAAGUGGCUGUUAAGAUGUUAUCAUCAAUGAAGGAGGAGGAUGUUCAUAUGUUCUUGGCUAAGUUUGAGAAACUGUUUUUCGAAUUACGCGAGAUACCGAAUCUCUGUUGGUUACAUGGUAUCUCGAUAGUUUCUGACAAGAUUUGUAUAGUUAUGAAGUUGUAUGAAGGUUCUAUUGCUGAUAGAAUGGCUCGAUUGAAAAGGGGAAAACUUCCAUUGCCGGAUGUUCUAAGGUAUGGAAUCAAUUUGGCCAAAGCAAUCCAAGCAUUGCACUCGAGAGAGUGUCUGGUGCUAAACCUAAAACCUUCCAGUUUCUUUAUUGAUGAGCAUGACCAAGCUAUCUUGGGAGACUUUGGAAUCCCAUUUCUCCUUCUUGGAGCCUCACUUUCCAACUCGGAUGAAGUGAUUAGACUAGGAACACCAAAUUAUAUGGCUCCAGAACAGUGGGAACCAGAAGUACGAGGUCCAUUGACAUACGAGACGGAUGUUUGGGGAUUUUGUUGUAGCGUAUUGGAAAUGUUGACCGGAGUUCCUCCUUGGUUUGGGAAGCCAGUUGAAGAGAUAUACAAGUUAGUUGUGAUUAAACAAGAGAAACCAUUGAUUCCUGGUGGAUUGCCUCCAGAAAUAGAGAAUGUUGUCAAUGGUUGUUUUGAAUAUGAUCUUCGUAACCGUCCUACUAUUACUGAUAUCCUGCAGGCCUUUGAAAGUUGCCAGAAUGCUGUUUAUAGCGAUGGAGAAUGGAUCAGUCUCAGUACCAAAGAAAGAUCAGACAAACCCCCACAUAAUAACGGCUACAGCACAUGGUUUCUAUCAAAGGACCAUCUCCAAGUCGGCGACACAGUUCGAUCUCGUAAACCAAGAACCAUGGAUAUCCCAGAAGGAACCGUAGUUGGUUUAGAAAAGGACACCGAUCGAAACGGUUUCGUUUUGGUCCGAAUUCAAGGAGUCCACAAUCCGCAAAAAGUAAAGUCAUCAACUCUGGAACGAGUCACACAUGGAUUAGCAGUUUCCGAUUGGGUUCGUUUGAUAAACGCAACCGAAAACCACUCCACCGUCGGAAUCCUCCAUUCCAUACAACGAGACGGGUCGGUUACAGUCGCAUUCAAAGGUUUAGCGACGCUCUGGAAAGGAAACUCUUCGGAGCUCGAAAUGGCCGAACAUUUUUCCCUGGGGCAGUUUGUGAGGCUGAAAGAGAACACCGUCGAUGCACAAUGGCCUCGUAAAUGCGGAAAGAUUUCUAAAAUAUGUCCCAACGGGUGUUUGGUUUUGAGAUUUCCCGGACAAUUAUCGUUUGAGAAUGAAAAGGGUAGUGUUUUGGCAGAUCCAGAUCGAGUUGAGAAGGUUUGUUUUGAUAGUUGCGACAGUUUAGUGGAGAAGUAUCGACAUGUUGAGGAUUUUCAUUGGGCGGUUAGGCCAGUUGUGAUGGCGGUUGGUGCUUUCGUGGCUUUGAAGUUUGGUUUGUUUGUUGGAGGGAAGAUGAAUAAGAAGGCGAAAAGGAAUCAGAUGAAGCAAAUGGAUGUUCAGGAUCACCAACCUGGUGGGAAUAAUCCGGCUUGGCUUCCUCAGCCUGUUGCGAAUAUUAUUUUUAGAGAAAACGUUCCCUCGGCUCGUUAAUGUCGCCAUAAAGAUGCAACAGGUUGGUAAAAUAUGGUUUAUAAAUCAAUCUAUGUGAAUUCUAGCUUAAUCGGGCUGUAUAUAAUUACUGUUAAAUGAUGACUAUUGCUUUACAUUUUAAUUAGCAUGUUUUAUGAAAGAAAAAAAAGAAGAUAAUAUAUG